GCCGGUACGGCACGCGGCGUCACAUUCGCGAGGAGCGCGCGGCAACUUGUUUCGGCGUCCGAUACUCGAGCACGCAGCAACAGUUAUGUCCUCGAGGAUCUUUGCACUGCUGCUGGCCGAUCCGCUGCACUGCUGAACCCUCGUCGCGGCCUGCUGCGGUGAGUCAGUUACGUAUGGCGUAUGGCUUACCCUAUGGCAUGGCAUCGCGGAACGUCGCACUGUGCAUCAUCUUCAUCGCCGCUCUGCUGCACGUCAGUCUCGGUCAAACGCCGCCCAAGUCCGAGGUCCUGCCCGAAUUUCUGGCACUCUUGGAAAACCACACGGUCACUCAAGGUCGUGACGUCUCCUUCACCUGCGUCGUUAAUCAUCUUCAAUCUUACAAGGUCGCCUGGAUAAAGUCGGAUUCGAGGGCGAUUUUGGCUAUUCACACUCACAUGGUGGCGCACAAUCCGCGUUUGUCCGUCACUCACAACGGCCAUAACACAUGGAAGCUGCACGUGACUAACGUUCAACCGAACGACUCCGGCACGUACAUGUGUCAAGUUAAUACGGAUCCUAUGAGGAGUCAGACCGGUCACAUGAAGGUCGUGAUACCGCCCGAUAUCAUGGAUCUGGACGACACGGCGGACCAGCUGACCACAAGAGAGAACGGUGACCUGCGACUGCGGUGUCUCGCCACCGGCACACCGGCACCGGUAGUGAUUUGGCGACGGGAGGACGGCAGGAACAUCACGCUGAGGAACGAGCACGGUGUCAAGCGAAUGAGAACGUACGAGGGCGAACAGCUUCAUCUGCGGGAUAUCCUGCGGCAGGAGAUGGGCUCUUAUCUCUGCAUCGCGUCGAACGGCGUGCCGCCGUCGGUCAGCAAGAGAUAUUACGUCAAUGUCCGUUUCCAGCCGCUUAUUAAGGUCUCGAACCAGCUGGUCGCAGCGCCGGUAGACAGCGACGUCCUCCUUCAGUGCUACGUGGAGUCCUCGCCGAAGGCUCUGAAUACGUGGCAUCGAAAUAAUGGAGUCAAACUGCUGGAGGACGAGAAGCACGAUAUAUCGGAAGUAACGAUCAACGACUAUGCGUAUCAGUUGAAUCUCACCGUCAGACGUCUCGACCGAUCUGACUUCGGUACCUACACGUGUACUGCCGAGAACGCUUACGGUAGAGCGGAUGGCACCAUAAGGCUACAAGAGCUGCACUUGCCGCGACCCACGGUGACCUCCACAAGCAAUACGGAGGUGAUCGAGAAGCACACCUGGCGAAAGCAAACGGAGAAGAAAGGGAAGAAGUAUUCGUACGUGGUGGAUAAGCCGGACUCGGAGUUGAAGAACGUCGGCCACACGACGCCGAUGUCCAGGAGAAACGUGUCCUCGCCGUCGAACGUCACGAACAAAUCGAGGAUGUCCGUGUUUCCGGCGCCGGCACCGGCGCCGGCACACUCGGCGCCCACGCAGUCGGGCGGUCAGAACGGCGUUAGAUCAUCGCACGACUCGCGACUGCGUUGCGUCGGUCUCGCCCUGGCGGUCCUGGUGAUCUUAGCUCGUAGCGAUUGAGACAGCCGACGGAGGUUUUCCGUGUGAGAAGUGCGAGAAUCGUUCCGGGAAUCGCGAAAUUAGACUGUUCUCAGCAUGAUCUCGUUCGCCGACAGGUACAUGCAUGCACAUGGAUGAAUUUACGUUCACGAUUCUCUCUUGUAUCGAAAUAAUGCUUCCCUUCCCUGUAUUUUUGUCUAGAUUUGUCUACGAGAACGUAUGACGAAGGAAGCGCGAAACACAUAUCGAGAGAGCUUCGGUACUUCGCUGUAAAUAAACGAAACAUUUUUAUGACAAUAAAUGUAGCCGCGUAUAUACCGGAAGUAGAUUACGUCGUUAAAAGUGCGCACUCGCAAUUGUCAUGAUUAACCAGUACGUAUUAUUCACGGGAACUACGCUUGUUUGGCGAAACUCAAUUUUUCAUUGGAUUACUGCCGGUGAAAAAAAAUGUGGCGACGCGCGAUUUCGGUUGCAGCGGGAGGCAACGUACAUACACACACACACAUACAAAUACACACACGCACACACAUAUACGCACGCAACACAAUAUUUGUACAUUUUCUAGUGAGACAGACAAGUCGCGGAGAACACGAGUUCGCGAAAGUCUCGAGUUUUGAUUUGUUCGUGUAAUUAUCGCGCGAUUAAUCGGUAAGCGUAGGUUAUACAUCGAUUAGAAUAAAUCAAGAAGGGUCCAUGUACCAAAGCCGACUGAAAUGGAUUCGUUCGUUCUCUAGGAGCCAGGCAGUAUCUAUGUCUAACGAGAGUUGUGGCAUUCGUGUAUA